UCCGUAGCCGUGUGCCUGGUGGGUGGGACAAAUACAAAGGCAAGCAGGUCAAGAGGAGGAGAAACCACGUGUGACAGCCAGGCUGAGAUCUGUCCUUCGCGAGUUGUUUUUGUAAUAUCUUUGCAUGAAACUUCCGUCUGACGGAGAAGGCCAUACAACAGACCUGCAUCACAGCACCUCAGCAACGGACAUCUGUUGCUAACUCCGAAACCGAAUAAGUCGAAUCAUGGUUAGCAAAACGGAUGACAUCCCAGCAUCAGUGCCCAGCUGCAGCCCCGUAGAUCUUCCCCGGGAAGGCGAGACAGCAAACGGGAAAGACACCAUCGAGACAGCCUUGAAGGAUCCGUGCGCUUGCGGGCACCGUGGUGACACUGCAGUGAUGAACGGGGACGCCGGUCAUGAUCAGGCCGAGGAGGCUGACUCCAAGCAGGAUGGCACUGCUGAUGCAGACCCUGCGGAGGAUGCCAAUGAACAGGAAGUGAUUGUAAUUCAAGACACUGGCUUCACUGUGAAGAUCCAAGCACCAGGAACUGAACCCUUUGACCUUCAGGUAUCACCACAAGAGAUGGUGCAAGAGAUCCACCAAGUUCUGAUGGACCGGGAGGACACCUGUCACCGCACUUGCUUCUCCUUGCAGCUUGAUGGCAACGUACUCGACAACUUUGCUGAGCUCAAGUCCAUUGAAGGCCUGCAGGAAGGCUCCCUUCUCAAAGUGGUUGAAGAGCCCUACACAGUGCGUGAAGCUCGCAUACACGUCCGUCACAUCAGAGACCUGCUGAAGAGCCUGGAUCCAUCAGACGCUUAUAAUGGAGUGGACUGCAACUCCCUCUCGUUCCUCAGUGUCUUCACAGAUGGAGACCUUGGAGAUACUGGGAACCGCAAAAAGAAGGGUAAUGAACUUGAGCAGAUUGAUUGCACACCGCCUGAACACAUUCUGCCAGGCAGCAAAGAGCGUCCUUUAGUUCCCCUUCAGCCACAGAACAAAGACUGGAAGCCUAUGCAGUGCCUGAAGGUCUUGACCAUGAGUGGCUGGAACCCUCCACCCGGCAACAGGAAGAUGCACGGAGACCUCAUGUAUUUGUACAUUGUGACCGUUGAGGACAGACACAUCAGCAUCACUGCUUCCACCCGCGGAUUCUACCUCAAUCAGUCCACUACUUACGUCUUCAAUCCCAAGCCAGCCAACCCCAGCUUCCUCAGUCACUCUCUAGUAGAGCUGCUGAGCCAGAUCAGCGCCGCCUUCAAGAAGAACUUCACCGCUCUGCAAAAGAAGAGGGUUCAAAGACAUCCGUUUGAGAGGAUAGCCACUCCUUUCCAAGUGUACAGCUGGACUGCACCACAGAUUGAUCAUGCCAUGGACUGUGUGAGAGCAGAGGAUGCCUACACCUCCCGUCUGGGAUACGAGGAGCAUAUACCUGGCCAAACUAGAGACUGGAACGAGGAGCUCCAGACGACCAGAGAACUUUCUCGUAAGAACCUCCCAGAGCGCCUGCUGAGAGAACGAGCCAUAUUCAAGGUUCAAAGCGACUUUGCCGCUGCAGCGACACGUGGUGCAAUGGCUGUGAUCGAUGGUAAUGUAAUGGCGAUCAACCCUGGAGAGGAAACGCGCAUGCAGAUGUUCAUCUGGAACAACAUCUUCUUCAGCUUGGGUUUUGACGUACGUGACCACUACAGGGAGCUCGGCGGGGAUGCUGCCGCCCAUGCUGCCCCCACCAAUGAUCUGAACGGGGUGAGGGCAUACAGUGCUGUGGACGUGGAGGGGCUCUACACCCUGGGUACAGUGGUGGUGGACUACAGAGGUUACCGUGUAACCGCACAGUCCAUCAUUCCUGGCAUCUUGGAGCGCGAACAGGAGCAGAGCGUCAUCUAUGGCUCCAUUGACUUCGGCAAGACCGUAGUGUCCCACCCCAAGUAUCUAGAGCUUCUGGAGAAGACCAGCCGCCCGCUGAAGGUGCAGCACCACGCUGUGCUCAACGAGAAAGACACCGCUGUAGAGCUUUGCUCCUCUGUGGAGUGUAAGGGUAUCAUUGGCAACGAUGGCCGUCAUUACAUCUUGGACCUUUUGCGCACCUUCCCACCUGACCUCAACUACCUGCCGGUGGAGGGUGAAGAGCUCGCCCCCGAGAGCCAGAAGCUGGGGUUCCCCCGCCAGCAUCGCCAUCGCCUGGCUUGCUUGCGCCAGGAGCUCAUCGAGGCCUUUGUAGAGCACAGAUAUCUCCUCUUCAUGAAGAUGGCAGCACUCCAGCUAAUGCAGCAGAAAGCAAACAAAGACAAGACUGCAGCCCUGCUAGACACGAGCCCUGCAGAUGCAGAGUCUGAAAGCAAACCUCAGGCUCUUGAUGCAUCUGAGAAGGUUCCCGACGGCACGCCAACCUCUCCAACUUCAUCUGAAUCCACUCUGACCCCUGAUGACUUGGAAGCAACGACUGUGUCUGAAAACUCUGCUCCUGAAAACCAAGAAGCCCCAGCAGAACUGAAAUCCGAGGUUCCUACAGCAAACACCAAUGGUACUCAUGAGCCUUCAGCUGCAGAGAGGCAGAAUGGAGGCUGUGAUAGUCUCUUGGAGGGUAAGGAAGCUGAUGAAAAUAUUCCUGAACUUGCCCAAGCUAAAGAGCUGGCUGAGUCCUUAGCAGCAGAAGAUGGAUCCGGUAUUGACCCCAAAAGUCGCGAGGUGGUCCUCAACGCCUGUAAAGCCGUGGGCUCCAUCAGCAACACCUCUUUCGACAUUCGCUUCAACCCAGAUAUCUUCUCUCCAGGCGUACGCUUCCCUGAAGACAGCACUGAGGACAUCCAGAAACAGAAGCAGCUUCUUAAAGAUGCUGCAGCCUUCCUAGUGUCCUGCCAGGUCCCUUCUUUUGUAAAAGACUGUUUAGAUCACAGCUCUUUGCCUAUGGAUGGAGCGACAAUGACCGAAGGCCUUCAUCAACGUGGCAUUAAUAUGCGUUAUCUUGGUGCUGUGCUGGAGUUUGUGGACAACAUGCCUGCAAAAGCACAACUUGAACACAUCUACAGAAUAGGAAUCAGUGAACUGAUCACCAGAUGUGCAAAGCAUAUCUUCAAAACAUAUCUUCAGGGUGUGGAGCUCUCUGCUUUAUCUGCUGCGGUGAGCCACUUCCUGAACUGCCUCUUGAGCUCUUACCCAGACGCCAUGGCUCAUCUCCCUGCGGAUGAGCUGGUGUCCCGCAGAAAGAACCGUAAGAGACGUAACCGGGUCCCUGGUGGAGGGGACAACACUGCAUGGGCCAGUUUGACCCCAGGCGAGCUAUGGAAGAACAUUACCUCUGAGGCACAGAGCUACUAUCACUUCAAUCUGCAAUGUGAAAGUGUGGACCAAGCAGUGGAGAAGUACGGCUUGCAGAAGAUCACCCUGCUUCGGGAGAUCUCAAUCAAGACUGGCAUUCAGAUCUUGAUAAAGGAGUACAACUUUGACAGCCGCCACAAGCCGGCCUUCACUGAGGAAGACAUCCUGAACAUCUUCCCCGUUGUGAAGCACGUCAACCCCAAAGCCUCUGAUGCCUUCCAUUUCUUCCAAAGCGGACAGGCCAAGGUUCAGCAAGGCUUUCUAAAGGAGGGCUGUGAGCUCAUCAACGAGGCCUUGAACCUUUUCAACAAUGUGUAUGGAGCCAUGCACGUGGAGAUCUGUGCCUGUCUGCGCCUUCUGGCCCGACUCAACUACAUCAUGGGUGACCAUCCUGAGGCUCUGAGCAAUCAGCAGAAGGCUGUCCUGAUGAGUGAGAGAGUGCUGGGUAUCGAACACCCCAACACGAUUCAAGAAUAUAUGCAUUUAGCUCUGUACUGCUUCGCCAAUGGCCAGCUGUCCACUGCCCUGAAGCUGCUGUACCGCGCUCGCUACCUCAUGCUCGUGGUGUGUGGGGAGGACCAUCCUGAAAUGGCUCUGCUUGAUAGCAAUAUUGGCCUGGUGCUUCAUGGUGUGAUGGAGUAUGACCUGUCUCUGCGUUUCCUGGAGAACGCCCUGACCAUCAACUCCAAAUACCAUGGGCCACGAUCCCUGAAAGUAGCUCUCAGUCAUCACUUGGUGGCCAGAGUUUAUGAAAGCAAGGCUGAGUUCCGCUCUGCACUGCAGCACGAGAAGGAGGGUUACACCAUAUACAAGAACCAGGUUGGAGAAGCUCAUGAGAAGACGAAGGAGAGCUCCGAGUACCUGAAGUACCUCACGCAGCAGGCUGUGGCUCUACAGAGAACCAUGAAUGAGAUUUACAAGAACGGUUCUAACGCUAGCAUAAUGCCUCUCAAGUUUACGGCACCAAGCAUGGCCAGUGUUCUGGAACAGCUUAAUAUCAUCAAUGGCAUCAUCUUUAUUCCCCUCAGCCAAAAGGACCUGGAGAAUCUGAAGGCCGAGGUGCAGAGACGGCAGCUGAUGCAGGAUUCUGGGAAAAUUGAGGAACCGCAGGGUGGUCAGUUAGAGCUGGAUGACAAGCUGCCUGUGGAUGAUUAACAACCCCAACCGUACAGCCCCAACCCUCUCCAUAUGAGGAGGACACCAUGUGUUAGAACCUGUGGACCUGAGAUCUGAGCUGUCUAAUCUAACCAAUUCACUUUGAGCAUAACAGGGAGGGGAGAACCAUGAACAGGCAACAAAAAUAUUGUACAGAGUGUAGUUUUUAGCUGUAAAGAGAAUGAAAGCAGAUGUUGUGUACACGUGCAAUUCAACCGGAGGAAGCAGAGAGAAUGUAGUCCUUCCGAGUUUGCGCAGAUGAGGCUGGAGGUGACCAAGGAUGACCAUGACAUUUUAUACCAGAGCCUUAUCCAUCCAUCAUCCCCAUCUCUUUCCUUCUCAUCUGAGCCCAGGAUAACCACAAUCCGUCCCAAAGCAACCCACGAGUGUAGAGAGAUCCUAAGAACACACCUCCCUCUCUGAAACUCAGGUGAUUUCUACACUGCGCACCAGAAGAGAGACGUUCACCGUUCAAUUCAACAGUGAUAGACAUACAAGAAUCAUGGGCUUAAGAAUGUGUAAACUAAAGGUCAAGUCUCACGACCGAAUGCUAGUAUUGUGUCCCAUGUGUUAUUUGUACACUCGCUGUGGCUGCUGCCUUUAGACAAAACCGGAUCGAUGCAACUUUCUCAACCAAUCAUUUUAGAUCGGUGGCGUCUGUAAAACAAGGAAUCUUUUUGUAAAAGUACAUGAGAAGCCAUUAGAUCUUUCACGUUCGUUUAAGCCAUGUCUGUUUUAUAGAGAUUCAUUGGGAAGCUUUAUAAAGCUUCCUCAUUGGGGUUAGACAGAUACUUGAUUCAUUUUGAUUGAAAUACUGAUUUGAAAUGGCUAGCUUGAAUUAGACUGUUGAGCUGAAACUCCUUUUCACUUUAAAAGUGUGUAUGUGUGUGUGUUCAAGUGUGUAUGUCUCUUGAUGGUUGUCCACGCUAGUGCAGAAACAGAUUCAGAGGAAACGCUGCUGCAACAGAAGAAUAUCGCCAUGAUAUUUUUAUACGUACAUCACUGACAACAGAUGGACUCGUGCAACCUGUUAAGAUGAAGAUGUAUAUCAGUAUAUCAGGAUCACUAUAUUUUCCAGAAUUAUUUAGCACAAGGUUCAGAAACUUGCGAGACUUGUGUUUGGUUCCUCCCUAGCAGUAUUUAUCACACUUUCCAGUGCCGGUGUUUUGUGUGGUCUCAUAUAGGACUGGCAAAAGAGGAAUAAGUUGGGGUGCUUCAAUGUGUAACAUACCAAAAGAAAAAAAGAUCAAGGACGGAUGUGUUUGCUUGUGUACAUGCUUUGUGUGUGUCCCGCAAAUGUCAAAAUUGUUGCUGUGCUUAAACUGUGUAUGAAGCAAUAUGCUGGAACUAAGUGCACCUUGGAUUAUGCACAUGGAUGCAAGAAAACUGCUAGCCUGGUUGUAUUUCCCUAUAAAACAAAAAGUAAAAUUGUUUAAAAAUGAGUUGUCUCUGAAAAUUGGUGGGGAAGAGCAAUGUAACUGAUAUUUAUGAACAAGAAUAUGUAAUUAUGUGUGAGAUUUGUGCCUAUUUAAGCUUCUAUAAGUCAAAAGGUUGGGGCACUGUAUUUCUUUUAUAUCUGCUUAAUAAUGUCUUGAUGGAUUUUGCAAUCAGCUUGGAUGUUGGACUGAACCAGAGACCGUUUAUAAUGAACUCCUUGAAUAUCUACUUCAGUACCUUUAGUUGCCACAAGGGUUUGCUGUAGUCAAUAUAUUAUUAACAUUCAUUGAUGAAGGACAUAAACUCAAUUUGUGAGCUAUUACAUGAGAAUAUAUGAACUAGAUUUGAAUCAAAACAUUAAAACCGGAGUGCAAUAGCAACUUAAUUAUUUUAAAAUUAAGUAUUUACCAAAAACAUGCCAUAGAAACUUAUUAGGAAUAUGCCUAAAAUGCUGGCGGUGAUGAAUGGUAAAGCUCUGAUGCAUCACAAGGUCAUUGAACUGAAGGGUUAAUUAAGGAAAUCCUGUCUCUAGUGUGUCCUUGAGCCAAGCACUUAACUCUUGGGCUUAAAAAAUAACACGUAACCGAUCUGCAGUUAAGAAUGUUAAAUAUGAUCUCAAUUUAAUCUAUUCAAGCUUCCAUAGUUGCAUAUCUCAUAGUGAACAAACCCGUGAAUUCAAAAUUUAACUGCAAAGAUCAAUUUCAUAAUUAAUAAUGGUCACCAAAUCUGUGAUGUGUUCAUGUUAUGUAGCAAAAACAAGAUUUCAAUAACUGCUUGCAUGACAAACCAAUUUGAUGUAAUCUAAAUGUGUAGUACUUUUUAGAAAGGUUUGGGUUUCAUUGACCACAAAGGUGCAGAAACAAAAUAGCAGUUACUUUUGUUCAUUUUUCUUUUUGAAUUAAAGUCUUUAAUUUGAAGUGUCUUGAAGGUCUUCCUGGGUAUAAUAUUCAUAAUCUACUUCGAAUUACAGUUUAAUCACAAAUCUUUAUGUUUCUGUGUGAAAGUGUGCAUAUAAAACAAAGAAAACCUAUUUUUGAAAUGUCAGAAGAAAACGAUUGGACAUUUAAAAAGCGUCAAUUAAAUAUCUAAUCAGAUUAUUUGCUGUACACUUGAUUUAAAAGAAAUAUCACAAUUAAGAAACCCUCUACCCUUAGUCUGCAGCUCAUUUUGUUACAUUUUCUGUUAAAUAAUCUGCACAAACCCAUUAUAAACUAAAAUAUAAAAACGAAAUAAAAUAUCAGGAAAUCUACAUAGAGCAAACAUACAAUGUUCAAUUUCAAUGUCAUCUCUUUUUUGGGGGGGGACUUUGUUUUUUUUCUAUAUUCUGUUUUCAUCAUGAGAUAUUUGUCAUGCCCUUUGUGUGUUUGUUUUGGUUUCUUUAAUGAAUGGUACCUUUGUGUCAAUUCUUCUGAAUAACAAUCUAAUUAUUUUUGGUCCAAAUAUCCUUUUGUAUUAAAAUGAAUAAAGAAACUAGAAAACAA